UCCAGACACGACACACGAUUGGCUACCGAAACACGUUCAGGAAGUGAUUUACAUUUGCCGACUGAAAAUCCUCCCGGUCCACUCUUUCGUUCUUUCAUCAGACGACAUGGCCGGCAGGAGAGUUGUGGCGUUCCCGUCCUCGGCGGAGCUUGGCCCGGCCCUGGCCCAGCUGGUGACCUCUCGGGCGGAGCGGGCGGUCAGCUCCCGGGGCAGGUUCACUGUGGGCCUGUCCGGGGGGAGCCUGGUGACCAUGCUCGGCAAAGAGCUGCUCGCUGUUCCCGGCCUGGACUGCAGCAAGUGGCUGGUGGGCUUCUGUGAUGAGAGAGUGGUGCCGUUCGACAACCCUGACAGCACCUAUGGCCUCUACAAGAGUAAUUUAUUUUCCAAAAUCAACAUCCCAGAGGACGCAAUUUUAGCCAUUGACUCCUCACUCCCUGUGAGCGAAUGCGCUGAGGAUUACUCUCGCAAGCUGAGAAAGGCUUUCCCGGAGGACGACGUUCCCGUGUUUGACCUGCUCCUGUUGGGCAUGGGGCCUGACGGGCACACGUGCUCCCUCUUCCCCGGACACGCUCUCCUUGAGGAGAGCCAGAAGAUCGUGGCUCCCAUCAGCGACUCCCCCAAACCACCGCCGGAGCGCGUGACCAUGACCUUCCCGGUGGUGAACGCCGCCCGCUGCGCCGCUUUCGUGUCCACCGGGGGAAGCAAAGCGCCCGUUCUGAAGGAGGUUCUGGAGGGGCGAGAGGGUCCGCCGUUCCCGGCAGCCCGCGUCUCCCCGACCAACGGGGAGCUGCUGUGGCUCGUCGACGAGCCCGCCGCCGCCGCCUUGACUAUGAAGGUGGAGAGGCUGGCUUCUGGGGGCAAACUUUAGACCGAGAAGUUGGAAUUCUUCUUUCGUUUUCCCAGCGAUCGAUUUCUCCGGACCAAAUGUAGAUUUACUGAGAAGGUUGUUCAUCUUCGUCUAUGUCUAGAAGCAUGGAAAACUAAUAAUUUAGCUUUAUUUUUGUAAUAUGAGGGCAAUAAACUAACUAGAAAUCC